AUGCUUCGCCUCCUGAAACUGAUUGUGAUUCCAGUGAUUCUGGCCCCUGUAGGUGAUUCUCAGGGCCUGACUGACAGGGUUGUCUCCUCCCCUGAGCUGAGAGUGCACGUGGGUGAUUCAGCUUUCAUGGGAUGUGUUGUCCACAGCCCAGAAGAGAAACAUGUGGUUAAAGUAGACUGGAUACUCUCAAAAGGGGAACAUGCUGAGAGUGAAUACGUGCUAUACUAUUACUCCAACCUCAGUGUGCCUACGGGGCGCUUCCAGAACCGUUCGCAUUUGGUGGGGGACAUCUUACGAAAUGACGGUUCUCUCCUGCUCCAAAAUGUGCAAGAAGCAGACCAGGGAACCUACACCUGUGAAAUCCGCCUCAAAAACGAGAGUGUAGUCUUUAAAAAGUUCGUGGUACUGCGCGUGCUGCCAGAGAAGCCUAAAGAGCUCACAGUCCGUGUAGGCAGUUCAGCUGAGAUGGGAUGUUUCUUCCAGAGCACAGAAAAGAAACAUGUGACCAAGGUGGACUGGAUGUUUUCUUCCGGAAAGCAUGCCAAGGAGGAGGUUGUCUGGCGCCAUGACUUCAACAUGCCUAGUGGCUACUUCCAGAACCAGGGCCGCUUCCAAAACCGUGUAAACCCGAUUGGUGACAUCUCACACAAUGAUGGCUCUAUCAUGCUUCAAACAGUGAAGGAGUCUGACCAAGGAGUCUACACCUGCCACAUCUACCUGGGGAAACUGGAGUCUAGGAAAACUAUUGUGCUGCAUGUGAUCCAGGAAGAAUCUCAAAUGUCGAUUCUAACAACUCCUCCACCCAAGACUGAUCGGCCGUCGAUUCUGGAUGGGAAUCAGCUGGUGAUAAUUGUGGGGAUUGUCUGUGCCACCUUCUUGCUGCUCCCAGUGUUGAUACUAAUUGUGAAGAAAACCCGGUGGAAUAAGAGUUCAGUGAGUUCUACAGCUUCCUUGAAGAGCCUGGAGAACAAAGAGAAGAGUAAUCCAGAGAAACAUGUCUAUUCCUCAAUAACCACGAGGGAGUCGAUGGAGGAAGGACCAAGUGGACAAUCAGAGGCCACCUACAUGACCAUG